UUUUCUCUUUGGCUUGCCCUUACAAGCACAAACAAAACCUUCCUUCCUCCUCCUCUAUCCCUUCCACCAAAAAUUUCUUCUCCGUUCUUUAAACACCCAUAUAAAGCUAACUCUGCUCCUCAUGUCGUCAUUACAAAUAAAGAAAAACUACAGGUGCGUCCCGUCUCUGCAGCAAUUCUACAGCGGAGGCCCUUUUGCUGUCUCUUCUGACGGUUCCUUCAUUGCUUGCGCGAACGGGGACGCUAUCAAGAUUUUGGAUUCUUCCAACGCAUCAAUAAAAGCCAGCAUAGAGGUUGAUACAGAUUCUGGUCUAACCGCCUUAGCUCUUGACCCCAAUGAUAGAUUUCUUUUUUCUGCCGGGCACAGCAGGCUUAUAAGGGUCUGGGACUUGUCCACUUUCAAAUGCAUCCGCUCUUGGAAGGGCCAUGAUGGUCCUGUGAUGUCCAUGGCUUGCCAUGCUUCUGGAGGGUUGCUUGCAACUGCAGGAGCUGAUAGGAAAGUACUUGUUUGGGAUGUUGAUGGUGGCUUCUGUACUCAUUACUUUAAAGGGCAUAAAGACGUUGUGACUAGCAUUAUGUUCCAUCCUGAUACCAAUAAAACUCUGCUUUUCUCAGGAAGUGCUGAUGCUACUGUACGAGUUUGGGAUCUUCUAGCAAAGAAGUGUAUCGCAACAUUAGAAAGGCAUUUCUCAGCACUUACGUCUAUGGCAGUGUCUGAAGAUGGAUGGACAUUGCUUACUGCUGGAAGAGAUAAGGUUGUAAACUUGUGGGACCUUCAUGACUAUGUAUGCAAGAUGACUAUUCCAACUUAUGAAGUGCUGGAAGGUUUGUGUGUAGUUAAAUCAGGGACUGAGUUAGCUUCAUUUCUGGGUUCAUGCAAUCAGCAAAGUGGGAAGAGGAGAGACAGGUCAUCACCAAUUUAUUUUGUCACAGUUGGUGAACGUGGGAUUGUACGAAUAUGGGAUUCUGAAUGUGGGGUUAGCUUGUAUGAACAGAAGUCCUCAGAUGUUGCUGUCUCCUCUGACACAGAUGAUUCUCUGAGAGGCUUCACUGCUGCUGUUAUCCUUCCAUUAGAUCAAGGUUUACUUUGUGUGACCGUUGAUCAUCACUUUCUGUUCUACUCUCUACUUGGACACCCUGAAGAGAAAUUCAAGUUAAUUCUGAACAAGAGGCUUGUUGGGUAUAAUGAAGAGAUUCUUGACAUGAGGUUUCUGGGAGAGGAGGAAAAGUUUCUUGCUGUUGCUACAAAUCUUGAACAGGUUCAAGUGUAUGACAUGGAAUCUAUGUCAUGCUCCUAUGUAUUGGCAGGUCAUACUGAAAUUGUUUUAUGCCUUGACACCUGUGUAUCAAGCUCUGGAAGGCCACUUCUUGCAACAGGAAGUAAGGACAACAGUGUAAGGUUGUGGAAUUCAGAGAGCAGAAAUUGCAUUGGUGUUGGCACAGGUCACAUGGGAGGUGUUGGAGCUGUUGCAUUUUCAAAGAAGUGGAAGAAUUUCUUUGUUAGUGGUAGCAGUGAUCGUACCAUCAAGGUGUGGAGUUUAGAUGGUAUCUCAGAUGAUGCAGACCAGCCUAUAAAUUUGAAAGCAAAAGCUGUGGUGGCAGCACAUGACAAGGAUAUAAAUUCGCUGGCUAUUGCACCAAAUGAUAGUUUGGUUUGUAGCGGUUCACAAGACCGGACUGCUUGUGUGUGGAGGCUGCCAGAUCUGGUAUCUGUAGUUGUACUUAAAGGGCAUAAAAGAGGAAUAUGGUCAGUAGAGUUUUCUCCAGUUGAUCAAUGUGUUAUAACAGCAUCUGGUGAUAAAACAAUAAAGAUGUGGGCUAUAGCUGAUGGGUCAUGCUUGAAAACAUUUGAAGGGCACACAUCAAGUGUUUUAAGAGCAUCAUUUCUUACUCGUGGAAGUCAAUUUGUUUCGUGCGGUGCUGAUGGUUUGGUAAAGCUAUGGACAGUCAAAACAAAUGAAUGCACUGCUACAUAUGAUCAACAUGAGGACAAGGUUUGGGCCUUGGCAAUCGGAAAAAAGACAGAAAUGUUUGCAACUGGCGGUGGUGAUGCUGUUGUUAAUCUGUGGUAUGAUUCAACUGCUUCAGAUAAAGAGGAAGCUUUCCGAAAAGAAGAGGAAGGGGUAUUGAGAGGUCAAGAAUUGGAAAAUGCUGUGUUAGAUGCUGACUACAUUAAAGCUAUCCAAAUAGCAUUUGAACUUCACAGGCCUAAUAAACUUUUUGAGUUGUUUGCUGAACUUUGCAGGAAGAAGGAAGGUAGCAGUCAGAUAGAGAAAGCCCUCCAUGUUCUUGGCAAGGAAGAAAUUCAUCAACUUUUUCAAUAUGUUCGUGAAUGGAAUACAAAGCCAAAGUUGUGUCAUGUUGCACAAUAUGUGUUGUUUGGAGUUUUCAACAUCCUUCCUCCAACAGAGAUUCUUGAGAUAAAAGGCAUCGGGGAACUUCUUGAAGGUCUUAUCCCAUAUUCCCAAAGGCAUUUAAGCAGGAUAGACAGACUUUUGAGGAGCACAUUUUUGCUCGACUACACCCUACAUGGAAUGUCAGUUAUUGAACCAGAUACUAAUGCAACAGAAAUGAAAGAUGCUGAUCAGGAGCAAGAGCUGACUUCAGAAUUGUUGAAAGAGAAGGCUCCCUCAAAGAAACGGAAAUCAAACAAAUCUAAAGAUAGUUCAAGUAAGAAAGUCAAGGGUGCUGCUUACACAAGCGUUGCUCCAAUGUCCUUGAAGGCAUAGACGCAUAGCACAAUUCAUAUGACUGCACUCUGUGAUCUAUUUGUUUUGGCGUACAAGUAGGGGUUUGCUUUCACUGAAGAUAAUAUUUUUGACCUAGAACAUUGUUAGGUGUUUGAUUCCACAAUGCUUUCGCUGUAACAAACGUUGCAUGAAAACCAAUAUUUCUACACGAGAGUGUUGAUUCUCGUUGUUGUUUUUUGACCUGUACAAAAUUGACAAAACUCUACUUCCCUCGUCCAUGUGAGUGGUGUAAGAGAGUUUUCUUCUCUGGUGAAGUGAAUGGGGUGAAACCGUGGCAUUCAGCAUUCUUUA